AACGGUAUCAUGCUCCCGCGUUGUUAUUGUUAUUUGUUUUCAGUUUUUACUUGAUUUUAUUUUUCGUUUAUUAUUUCGUUUUCGUAUGCAUGAUGCAUCGUUAAUUUUAUUUCUACCAUAUAUCGAACAAAAUUUCGAAAUCAGUUUGAACGUUAAGCUUAAAUGUUUGCGUGCUCCAAGUGAAUAUACACAUCAUUACUCGUGUAUCAUUGUUUCAGUACUUGGCGUUUUUAUGACUCUUGGACCUCCUUUAAAUGCUUUUGCCCUUAGACCGCUUUUGUGAUCCCGUCUACUGAUUACACUUUGUUGACAUCUCGAUUACUAAUGGCUAGUCGACAGUCUGUUAGUUCAAUUUUAAAGCCACCUAAAGUACGAGCACCUCUAAAAGAGAUUGAAACAGUUGAUCAAGAUGCUGAUGAAAAUACUGCAACAUUAUCCAAGAGAAAAGUAAGUUUUUCAGGGAUGAAUAAAAUAAAAAUGUACAACACAGGUGCUACAUCUUUAACUGUACAUCAAGCUCCUAUGUUUGAUGAGCAAAUUUCAAUGUUAUCUGAUUCUUCAAAUGCAGAAAAACCUAAAUUAUCAGAAAAGUUUGAAAAAUCUGAUACUCAAAUUAGUAUCGAAUCAACUAAUUGUACCAACUUGGAAGAUAAUGGUCGUAUUAUUAUUGAGUAUGAAAGUCCAAAUGAUAAUAUGGAAAUGACUGAAGCAUUAUCGGGUAAAAUAUUGUCAGACACCAUUUAUACUAUUGAUAAUAAUGGUUCUAAGCGUAUUAGUUAUAGUUCAGAUUAUUCAGAGAAUAAUAUGGAAUUCACAGAAGCACUAAAAGUAGGGCAAAUUUUAUCAGGUGAUAAUAGCUGCGAUUUAAGUUCUACUGAAAUGUCUGAAACAUUGGUUGAUGAAAGUGAAGAAGAAUUGGUUAAUCAAUUUGGUUUUAUACCUUCAACACCAUCAUCUGAUGUGCCUUAUAAAAAUACUUCAAAUAUUAGUUCAAAUUCUAGCUGUAUGGAAUUUACCUGUGCCAAUACUAAAUCCAAUCUAUCUUGUAAUACUCAAUCAAGUAAUAUGGAAUUAACCUGUAUGACUAAAUCUUUAAAAUCUAUUUGGUCAAAUGAUGAUUAUAAAUCAUUGAGUAUGGAGUUGACACAAUUACCUGACAGGCAAACAUUUGAAGAUAAUUGUGAAUUGGUUUAUGAAUAUAGUGAACAUUCUAUGAGUAUGGGAUCAGAUAUAUCUUAUGAAAUUCAAGAAAAAAGUAGCUGUGAAUCAGAAAAUGUACAAACUAAAGAAUCAGAAAGAAAUAAUUCAAAUUCUCAAACUACUGGUUGUGUACUGGACAAUUCUAGGAAUGGAGAAGAUUUUAUUGAAGAAUUAUCAUUAAGUAUGGUUUCAAUGGAUAUUGAUCCAACAUUAGAAGAUAAUGCAUUUGAUAUUAGUUAUGUAAAUAUUGAUGAGCCACUAAAAGUUGCGAACGAACAAAAAUUUUCAACAAUAUCUAUGACGGCAGCAGUAGAAAAUAAUUCCAACUCUGAGCAAAGUGUGCUUGAGAAUUAUUCUAGUAUAAUUGAUAGUAAUCAAAAUAAUGAAUCUAGACUAUCUAUACUGCCUACAGGUUCUUCAUUUGUUUUAAAUAUGUCUCCUGAAAAUAAUAUCAACAAACAUGUUGAAGUUGAAAAUCUCCUACAACAAACAUUAUAUGAUCAUACAUCUGUGUUAGAUAAGAAUCAAUAUCUUGAAAAUAAAUCGAUUAUUGUUGAGAAUAAUGUACCAAAAAAAUAUUCAAGAAAAACAAUGAUUUACACAUGUCCAUUAAUUGUUCAAGACGGUUCUAAUGAAAAUGAAGAUCCGUCUGAAAUAGUCAAAGAUAAUCAACAAAAACGUUAUUCUAGAAAAUCAAUUGUUCCUACAACAGUUUUUAAAGAUGAUGUAUCGGAUACAAAUGUAGUACUUGAAGAAAACCAACAAGAAAAAUAUUCUAGA